GACCCUCCGUGCUUCGUUUUCCGAAUUCCGGGAGCAUUGCUGAGUUGAGAUCGGCUACAUAAUGCACUGAGUGACACACUAGUCUUUUCAGGACAGUCAGCGUACAUGUACAUGUACCAUUAGGCCAAGCAACAAUGGGAGGGAAAAGCAGUAAAUUCCAGGGACGAACUGUUGUGGAGUACUGUCAACAGCAAAUUAUUCAGUACUACCAGGACACAACCAGCACCAUGCCUGCACAUCCCUUGGAUCCUUCCAGGACCGUGGACAUUGACAAGUUCUUUUUCGAUUUGGAGCUCACUCAACGAGGCAAGCAAAUAACCCGCAAACACCUCACCUUACCCUGGGAGGAGCGGAUUCUGGACAGAGUGGAGCAUGUAUCCCUCAAGACAUGGGAAGACUUUUUCCGGGUGGAGAAAGUGGGCGGCAUCAAGGUGCUCAUUUCGGGUGGGGCAGGAUUUGGCAAGUCAACGCUGUUACUGAAAAUUGCAAAUAUCAGCAGCGUGCGUACCAGCAGAUCUCCGCUUUCCAAGUUCAAGUUUGUGUUUUGGGUGAAGUUGAGGCAAAUGCAAAAGACGAGCUGUGUUCUUGAUGCCAUUUGGGACCAAAUCAUGCCCAAGGACACACAACUGGGGAAGGCGGAUUUGAAGAAGCUUCUUGGUGAUCACGAAGCAGAGACUGCAUUUUUAUUCGAUGGCUUGGAUGAGAUUCCCCCAGAUAUUCUGAGAUCUCCGGCCCCAGAAGAUGGGUACAGCAUUCAGGAUGUCUUGUAUAAUAGGGUCUUGAAGAAAAGUUUUGUCUUAGUGACAAUGCGACCGCACAUGGUUGACUACGCCCUGAAGGGAUACCCACAAUAUGCCUGCGUUCAAACAUGGGGGUUCACAUCCACAACCGCACACAAAUACAUUACGGCAUAUUUUGCUGAAAAAAAUGCCAGCUCGACAGCAGACAAACUGAUAUCGACACUGAAGUCCAGUCGGUCUUUUCAGUCACUGGCUCAGAUACCAAUCAUCUUGCAUUUUAUGUGCAUCAUUUGGGAAAACCUGGGGAAGCUGCCUGAACGACUGACGGAGCUUUACACGGAGUUCGCCGAGGUUCUUGUCAGUCGCCAGUGUGGUGAAGAUGAGGAUAAGAAGCUGCUGAUGACUACACUUCUGCGUGAACUAGGACGAGUCGCUCUGAGCGGGUUGCUCGACCCCAAGGGAGAAAGGCUCAUGUUCUCCUCUGAGGAAUUUGAAGAGGGCACCUUGAAGGAUGGGUGUCGAUUGGGCUUCCUUCAGCAGGAAAGUUUCACGAGUGGUUUGAGGGCCAUGCGAGUGGCUACCUUCCUGCACAAGUCCUUCCAGGAGUACUGUGCGGGGUACUUCUUGGCCAAUUUGCAUCAUGCCGACCAAGCGAUGUUCCAUGAAAAGUUGCGGCAGAUGAAUCUGAAAAAGAUCUACGCCAUGGAGUAUCUGCUUCGGUUUGCCUGCGGCGUAGCAUCGGGGUCUGAGGCUACUGGUCUCAUCCUGGAACACCUGCAGAGGGAACUCGACCAGCGGAACUGUAUUGACAAAAGCAGGCUGCAUGGCUUGGCACGCUUGUUGCUGUUUGAGUCUGGUUCUGACAAAUUGGCCGACAAGCUGCAACAGCCGGCUGAAGUGAUGUGCAAGAGCCAGGAAGAUUUAGCAGCAUUGCAGCAUUACUUGAAGUGCAUUCCCAAUCCACUCGAGGACACCAAGUUCGCUCUGCACUGCAGCUCCUACGAAGCAUUGACAUGUCUGAGGGAAGUUCUGCUGAGUGGCAAAAUCAGGCCGGCGACCAGUCAGUCAGCCACCAGUCAGCCUUCAGACAGCUCAGUCGAUGUCGAAUACACCUUAGCUGAACGAGGCAACAAGGAGAUGUCGCACCUGGAGAGAACACUUAAAGAGAUGGAGGCAGAGCUUUGUGAAAAGGUACGGUUAACACUCUCAACUGACGAGAGGUCAAGCUUUGACGACGAGCACGUUAUGGGACAGUUACCCAACGUGUCAAAUCAGCUGGUGGAAGUCUGCUUGUACGGCGGAUCACACAGCGAUGCCUUUAAACUCGCAAAUGCACUGAACAGAUGCAAGAGGUUAGAGCACGUUGGCCUGUCCAACAUCAACCUGCACGGUCAGGUGUGCGGGUUAGCCCCCCUAGCUCCUCCAACCCUACAGUCCUUGAUACUAAUUGCAUGCGGGCUGGAUGACGAUGACGUCCCCGAUCUGACCAGCAUCCUCCCCGCCGGCCAUGGUCUUCUGAGGCUUGACGUCCAUCACAACAUGCUCACUUUGAAGGGAAUGAAAACUCUAACUGCUCAUCUCCAGGGCCUACCCAAACUGAACACAUUGUGGCAUUUUUAUGACGGUCGUGAUGCCGAUCGUAUCAAACGGGUGGUCGAGCAGAAUCUCCCAAAUAUUUACUAUGCGUAAUACAACAGCAAGUACUUUUAAGAAAAAAUAUUUAACAUAUGUUAAACCCCUCCCUUCAAUAAUAACAAACACUCAGAACUAUUUAUCAUCGAGUCUCAUUCAAAGACACAACUGGGUCUAAGAUGAAGAAUGGGUGGGUUGUGAUGCCAGUGAGGUUCAUAAUUACAAUCAGUAAUUACAUAAGUACAAUAUUUUUGGAUAAAAAUCAAGUAGUUAAAGAGCUUCUACUUAACAUUUUGAGAUGGCACCAUUUUAUGAGUGUUUUACAAUGAUUGUGUUUCUUGAUGUUCAAGUCUGGUUCCGAGAGCCAUUCAAGUGGAUCUAGGAUGGAAGAAUGGUUGGGCCACAUACAGGGCAGGGAGAGUGUCGUGAAAAGGACAAAUACAGCAUAUGUCACACGUAUAUAAUUUUCCUGAUUUCAGGCUACAUGUAAUUAAUUAAAACAAUCUUUCAAAUCUGGAAGUUCUGAGUUGAGAUCAUAACACAGUGACGAUCUUCACUUCUGAAAUAAAACUGCCCUUUUUGAGUGUCAUAUUCCAUGAUUGAACAUUAUGAACGAGGUGUACCAGUAGGCAGGCAUGGUGAGACAAAUAGAAGUGGCGAUGUUUUGUAUGUAUACAUGUACAUAUCAGACUUAUCAUGGUUGGCUUCUCUAAUCGUACAAAAGUACUUUUUUGUACAUGUUAAAUUUGAGCGAAAAUCAAACUUGGUAUUUCUCAAGCACUUCAUGAGUUUGUAGUAGCCCCGAGUCGAAUUUCUGUCAUUACCUUUUUGUUUGUUACGUAACGUGAGCAGUGAAGCGCGUCGCCAUUUCUCUUUAAAUAGCCCCUAUUGCCACGUGUCUCUCUCAUUCUUUCCUGUGUUGCUGAUGGUCACAGCGGUCGCUUCACUACUCCGAGUUCCUGUGCUUCUUUCUGGGUGAUUCCGGUUGUUAAUUUUCAUCCUUUCCUUCGCGUUCGUCGUUGUGGUGAACCGGGUUGUUUGGCAGUAGCAUACAGCUAAUAUAUUCUGGUGAGCUACAACGACGGCAUUUCAUUUCAUAUCUUAUUUUAUUGGUUACCCAGGUAGUCUAUUUGCUUUCCUUUUGAUAUAAAAAUCCAUUUACUUUAGUUUGGAAAAGAAGAAAACUGCAUUAAAAAACCCCACAAAAAGAGAGACUUCAAUUUUUGUAAUUUAUUUUCUAAGGCGAAGUAGCCACUCUGUUUUCGGAGGUAAAGUAGCCUAAAAUUUAGCACUCUGUAAAAGUUCUUGAAAUACAUGUUCAUGUACUGUACGUGUACCUGUGCCCGCAAAUGGAUUUCCAAGGUGGGACUUUUUUCACUUCCAAAGAUUUUGAUAAAGUUCUGUUACUGUAAAUAGGUGUUGUCAUACAAAUGAACAUGUACUGUACAUCUAAGUUAUUUUUAAACACUCUUAGAGAUGGCAGCAGUGGCGUAGCGGGGAGGGGGGCAUGUUCCCCCCCACAAAGUCCCAGUACCCCUCAAGUGCCCUCCCACUUAAAAAAAUAACGGAUCAAUGGAUAUUGAACAAGGCUGACAAAAACUCAGUUGCCCCAAAAAACCA